CAUUUAAGGUCAAGGUCGAUUUACCGACAUUCCUGUGUUUUUCGCAAGUCAUUCAUUGUACCUACCCGAAACAUGUCCCAAAAGAAGCCUUUCGAACGCCUCCCAAAAGAUGUUGUUCCCGAAAACUAUGUUCUCGAAUUAACACCUCAUUUGAGUAACUUUACGUUUGACGGAAAACAGGAAAUAGCCAUAGAGGUAAAAAAUGAGACGUCAUCAAUUACUAUGAACAGUUGCGAUAUUGAGAUUAAGGAUGUUUGGUUUGAAUGCAAUGGAUUGAGUAUCAAAAGCGGUAUUCGCACAACUUUGAAUAAUGAGGAAGAAACUGUUAAGUUUGAAUUCGAUUCAAAACUCCCAAAAGGAAGAGGAAAACUUGGAAUGACUUUUAUUGGUCAGUUGAAUGAUAAACUGAAAGGAUUCUAUCGCAACAAAUAUUUUACAUCUUCUGGUGAAGAGAGAUACGGAGCCGUUACCCAAUUUGAGUCCACUGAUGCUAGGAGAGCAUUUCCUUGCUGGGAUGAACCAGCUGUAAAAGCUACUUUUGAAGUUCAAAUGACUGUACCGAAAGAUUUGGUAGCUUUGUCCAACAUGCCAGAAAAACACUGCGAAGUUGGAGAGAAGACCAAGACAAUUCAAUACGAAAAAACUCCUGUAAUGAGUACUUAUUUACUUGCUUUUAUUGUGGGUGAAUAUGACAAAAUUGAAGCAAAAGAUGAAGAUGGAGUAUUGGUUAGAGUAUUUACACCAGUCGGUAAAUCAGAACAAGGAAAAUAUGCUCUUAAUGUUGCUGUGAAAACUUUACCAUUCUACAAGAAAUACUUUAAUAUCUCUUAUCCAUUACCUAAAAUCGACCUAAUUGCUAUUGACGACUUUGCGGCAGGAGCUAUGGAGAACUGGGGUCUUGUCACUUACAGAGAAACUGCUCUGCUAAUUGAUCCAGUCAAUUCUUCAUCGGCAUCAAAACAAUGGGUUGCACUAGUUGUUGGCCACGAAUUGGCUCACCAAUGGUUCGGAAAUCUUGUUACAAUGGAAUGGUGGACCGACUUAUGGUUGAAUGAAGGAUUUGCCUCCUGGAUUGAGUACUUGUGUGUCGACCAUUGCUUCCCUGACUUCGAUAUUUGGACUCAAUUUGCAAGCAAUGAUUUUUCCAAAGCUCUCGAUUUGGAUGCAUUGAAAAGUAGUCAUCCUAUUCAAGUUGAAGUUGGACAUCCAGCUGAAGUUGAUGAAAUCUUCGAUGCAAUCUCCUAUUGCAAAGGCGCUUCUGUUAUAAGGAUGCUCAAUGAUUACAUCGGAGAUGAACAUUUCCGUACUGGCUUAUAUAAUUAUCUAACUAAGCACAAGUAUGAAAACACUGUGACGGCUGAUUUGUGGAAGGCUCUUGGAGACGCAAGUGGCAAGCCUGUCGAUCAAAUUAUGAGCACCUAUACUAAACAAAUGGGAUUCCCUAUUAUUUCGGUUGAUGAAAAACGUGAAGGUAGCAAGCGUAUACUACAUUUAAAACAAAGUAAAUUUACUGCUGAUGGGUCAACUGACGAUAGCAAAUGGCUAGUACCCAUAAAUAUCGGCUCUAGUUCGUCGUCCAAGCCAAUUCAUCAAUUUGUGUUAGAGGAGAAGGAAACUGUAAUUACACUCGAUAAUGUUUCACCAGACGACUGGAUCAAAUUAAACAUGGGUCACGUUGGAUUUUAUAGAGUCCAGUAUUCUGAAUCUAUGUUAAACGCUUUACUGCCAAGUAUUAAAAGCAUGACUCUUUCUGCCAGAGACCGUCUUGGUUUACAAAAUGAUGCUUUUGCAUUAGCGAGAGCAGGUGCAAUUUCUACUGUUGACGCUUUAAAAAUUGCAUCCGCCUACCAGAAUGAAACUAACUAUACGGUGUGGAACGAUCUUUCAACCAAUUUAUCUUCUGUUUCCCUUCUGUUACAAUAUACUGAUUAUCAUGAUCUGAUGAAAGCAUUUACCAGAAAGCUCUACAAUCCAAUUUGCGAUAGCCUUGGUUGGGAUUCAGUAGAAGGAGAAGGUCAUUUGACAUCAAUGUUAAGAAGCCUGGUGAUUGGAAAGUUAGGCAGAGCAGGCGAGCCUAAGGUUAUCGCUGAGGCAAAGAGGAGAUUCAAGCUACAUUGUUCAUCCGAUACUAAGAUGGCAGCUGAUUUAAGAAAAGCUGUUUACACCACUGUGUUAACUGAUGGCACUUCUGAAGUGAUGGAUGCUAUGAUGAAACUCUUCAACGAUGCUGAUAUGCACGAAGAGAAAGAACGAAUAAUGCGCUCUCUUGGCGCUGUUAGUAGUCCGGAAUUGAUUGACCGAGUUUUGAACUUUUCUAUUUCCAAAGAUGUACGCUCGCAAGAUACCGUAUUUGUAAUUAGAGGAACUGGGGGCUCUGUGGUUGGUAGAGAAGGAGCUUGGAAUUUCAUCAAAAACAAUUGGAAGAAACUAUACGAAAUGUACGAAGGUGGAUUUUUGUUGAAUCAUUUGGCUAGAGUACCUGAAAGCUUCGCUGACGAGGACAAAGUUGCUGAUGUUAAGAAAUUCUUUGAGGUCAACGGUGCUCCGUCAAUCAAAAGAAGCGUUGACCAAAGCAUUGAAAACAUUCUACUAAAUAAGGCACAAUUGGCAAGAGAUAAUGAUGCUUUGAAGAAAUAUUUAGAAUCAGAAUUAUAA